GUGGAAGAGACGGCCUCCGCUCGACGUGCACCCCUUCGUGCAGAUGAAGAGGACGAGGUGUUGGUGCCACAGUGGCGAAGCCUGUUGCGAGACUUCUGGCACAGGGCUUUAGCUCUUCUCUCAGCUGUGCGAGGGGAGCGGCAAAGGAGGCGGCCGGCACCGGACAGUGACGACAAGGAGGAUGCCUGCUCUCCCGAGGAGAAGCAGGGCCUGCUUGGAGGCCCGCUGGAUGACGACGAUGAUGAGGUACGAACGGAUCUGCCAGGGUACGCAUCGCCUCUCGCAGAUGGCGAUGAGGAGUCAGUAUCGGCGUUGAUAAAGCUUCGACCUUCUGCUACCGACUCGGUGG